CCUGGCUCCCAAGACAGAUGGGACGCAGAUCGCCGCUAGUUUUGCCUUGGGAGUGGCGGCUCGUACACUGUUUAUACGAUCCGUGAUGAAGGAUCUAAGAACACCGAAGCCCUCUCUCAAUGAUGGGUUCUUCGGUGUAUGAAGAGUUGCUUUGAUCUCGAUGUGAUAGAAAUUAGAACGUUCGAAGCGUACAGGGACUUUUCGUUACAGUAAUUCAUGAUCACAUGACUCGAGAUUUUUGUGAAGCGAUGGAUGCUUGUCUAUUGGAUGGGACGGGACCAGAGAUCUAUCUAACAAUGACUAAGCGAGGGAGCUAGGUUAAGCCACAGGGGACGGAGUCCCGUCCCUAACAGAAUUAGGCAAUCACGUGAGUUACACUGGCCCAAAUGGGACCAAGUAAUCAAGAUUAUAACUUCUAUUCGGAUCGCAGACAGUCCUCGUCCAGAGUUGAAGUUGCUGAGACAAUAGGCAAUAUGAAGGAGCAUUUGUCUUAUAACUGCAUCGCAUCGCCAAGCCCCCCUAUUGCCGUCCCUGGUUGCCCCCUCCUCUUUGGUUUCCACCCAAGAUCCCCAGGAAGGUGGCCAGACUCCGGGCUCAUUCAUAUUGCUCAAAACGCGUUUCGUCAUUCUAAAAGUCCGCUUGAGCCACUUUUCCGCUCGUUGUACAUUGGGAGUCCUUCAUACAACGUCCAUCUAGCUGACUCGAUAACUUAUCGGAACAAUUUUAGCAAAUUUCUGUCGAUCACCAGUUCAAGAAUCUUUAAAAAUGGACUUAAACCUUUUGCCAUUGAUUUUGAGAUCAUGUACAAUACGAACGAAUUUUUGUCGGGCGGAAACCGAAACACACGAUCAUUGGACCACAUGAUCGCAGUGAGGGUUUACGGUCAUGAGUUUGAGAAAGCAUUCACCACUUCCCAGAUUUCCAGUAGUUCUGGACAUAAUAGAAUUAUCUUGUACGACUUCGGCGACUUAAGAUUCAUAGUACGCUUUGAAACCGACGCAUACGUUAAUGGCCUCCCAAAACAUCAACCUCAGAAGGGUGGAAUCGGCGAACGGAGACUUACUGAGCGGGAUGAGAGAUCUGUUUCGGUCGCAACCCGAAAGCCGGUCUCUCGUCUUCCAACGAAUCGAAAGUAGUGAAUCAGAUCCUUGAGAAACAACACUCAAUAUUGGAGAUACUUUCUACAGUGUUGGUAUCUCGAUGAUACCAUAUUUAGUGUCGUUAGAUUCCAACGGUUUGCUUAGCCGCAAAGUACAGACCUCUGCUACCACAAUAUUCCUUUGUUUGAUAUCGCUCUCAAGGGCUGGAAUCGAGGUACCGGACAUGUUUUAGCUUUUUGCGAGGUGAUAUCCCUCAGUACCACACUCUUUGUGAAACGUCGACGUACUCGGAGGGCGGUCAAUUGAUGCUAGAUUUCUCGUUCUGAAUACCUGCAAACCCGAUUACAAACUCGAGUAUAGGUGCUAUCGAGCAGUGAGGGGAAAUGAAUCUAGAGCAGGGGACGCGGAAAUUUGACCUUUUUAAUAAUACGCGGCAACUUCAGGGAUGAAAAGAAAGAUCCUGCCAACGUUUACAAUGCUGUACUAUUGUUGUCUCGCAUUCAGGUACCUUCAGACAGGGGUG